AAUAUUUAAUUAUUUCCUCAAAUACAGAUUCCUUUCUCCCUCUCCUUCUCGGUAUUUGCUUCAAACUCUGACCUCCCGCCGGAAAACUUUGAAUCUCAAUCAUCUUCCGGCUAAUUCCUCAGUUUCCGGUGACGCAUCUCAGCCACUACCGUGGCCUUUCGAUUCGAAUUCUCAAAGAGAUCAACAAAAUUUGAAAGACUGAAACUUUGGUGUUGCGAGAGGGAGAUUGCAUGAGCAGUGAAACACUGAACGUGUCUUCCAUAUCAGGGACACGACUCUGUGGACUACAGACUUAUGUCAUGGAUCCCUCGUUGCUUUCCAUUUUCUCUUCCAAUUUAAAAUUUUUUAAAAACAUUUCUGCAUUUUAUCGAUUUUUUAGUUUCUAUAAAUCUUGAAAGAACUCCCAUAUUUUUAUCGAAUUCCUACAUAACGAUGUGUUUGCAUUACCUCUUUUCUUUUAAUGCAUGUUUGCUUCUAAAUGUUGUCUUGUAUUUUUGAUAUUUUACACCAAAAAUUCAUGGGGAUGGACAAUGAUCCUUCUUCCACGUGGACCUCCAUGUCUUUUCUCAUUUCCCAAAGAACAUUAGCACCUGCAAGUUCAACCUUCGAAUAAAUGAAGAUUUAAAUAUUGUGCAUAUAAACAAAAUCCACAGAAGUAAAGGAUUUUAGUAUUAUUUUUGCAAAUUUAUUUGUGAGACAGUGAGAGUAAGAAAUGAAAAACCCAUAAAACAUUUUAGUAAAGUAAAUGUGUGGCAGAUGAUCCCAGGAUAACUAUGUGUAUUUUAGAUUUUUUUCCUUUAUUUUUGUUGGAAAAAGUUGGAGCGAGAGAGAAAGCCUGGCAUGUUUUUUUGCAAGUUUUGUGAUCACUUUCAUUGAAUUCCCUUUCGUGAAAAAGAGUUGUGAGAGAAGAAAGGAAACUGUUCAUAGUGGGGUUUUGUGAGAGUUGAGUUGACCCAUUUCCAGCCCAACCGACCAUGGCACUCCCGUGAGAGGGACCAGAGGAAAAUUAAAAGGACACUUUAUACAGCACACAUCCUUCUUUUCUCUUAUCCUACACCCUCAUCCCCACUGUCUACUCUCCCAAUCUUCCCAAUAUUUUCUUAGGGAUCACUACCCUACCCUACCAGGCUACCUUGCAUUCAGUUUGUGGGUUAUUCAAAACCAACCUCUAACCAUAACCGUUUAUGCCCGCUGUGACACUUCCCGCAGUUCUCUGUGACCCCAUUUGCACCAGAUGUUGUUUACCCCCUUCCUAAUUUCAUUGCCAUGGCCUGAUCUGCUUGGAUUGGGGCUUCUUUCUAUGAAAACACAAUACCUUUUUGAGAUUGUUUGUUGUAAUUCUCAAAUUCAUUCUCAGUUAGAUCUGAGUCUCUGUAAAGAUGUAUGCUUUUCAAUGUUCCUUUUCCUUUUUCAUGGGUUUAUUCUAUGCUUUUCUUAGCCAUCUCUCAGCUGCCUCUUACUUUUGGUUGUGCGUUUGUGGCAGAUUUAUUGCAGAGAAAGGUAUCUUCUUUUCAAGCAACAGGUGUUAUUCCAUUGAUUAUUGAAUGUGGGAUUAAAUGAAAGCCUAGGCUGUCAAGUAUGUAAAUUUAGCUUAGAUGAAAGAAUCCAUCAAUGUGGUCUAAUUCGGAUAGUGUGGAUGGAUGCUCGUGAACCAGAGCUAGCAGCACUAAAGAAGCCAAGACCACCGUUGGUUCCGGCCGAAAAGAAUAAUGCAGUCACCACUCGCCGUCCUCGAACGAGGGAAAUUAGUUCCAGGUAUAAGUCACCCACUCCAACUCCCUCAACACCUUCUGGUACUCGGCGUUGCCCAUCUCCAAACCUUACAAGAACAUUGCGUCCCUCCGCACAAUUGGUGUCCAAGAGAUCCCAAUCUGUGGAUAGGAAGCGUCCUUCCACACCCACUUCCCCGCCAAGUCCAUCAACGCCGGUCCAGGAUUCUUCUGUAGAUGUGCAAUUAUCAUCCAGAAGAACAGGGAAUGGUCGGACGCCGGAGAGUUUAUGGCCUUCCACUAUGAGAAGUUUGAGUGUCUCCUUCCAGUCUGAUACCAUUUCGAUUCCUGUCAGUAAGAAGGAAAAACCAGUUACUAGUGCUCUGUCCGACCGCACUCUGAGGUCAUCUUCGAAUGUGGCACAUAGACAGGCCGAAACACCUGCUCCUCGAAAGCUUACACCAGAGAGAAAAAGGAGCCCUCUUAAAGGGAAAAAUGCUGCUGAUCAAUCGGAGAAUUCUAAACCAGUCGAUGGUUUCCAUUCCCGAUUGAUAGAUCACCAUCGAUGGCCAAGUAGAAUAGGUGGGAAAGUAUCUUCCAAUUCCUUAAAUAGAAGUGUGGAUCUUGGUGCUAAGAUUGUCAGGCUUGCUACACCGGUUCCAGGAGUCGGGUUGUCUGCGCUGAGGAGAUUGCCCACGUCUGAUGCUUUGGGUAAUAAAUCUUUACAAAAAUCUUCUAGUGAUGCUGCCGCGUUAUUAUCACUUAAUGAAAGAGGUAGAGCAGGACUUCGAGCAAAUUUAGUUGAUGAUAAUUCCCUGCAUGUAUCUGGACCUCACAAGCUUGUCUUUAGUAGCUUAUCAGACAGGUUAUCAUCAACAACUCCUGCAGUCAGAUCUCAAUCUUUGCCUACUACUGCAUCGCGACCAUCCUCACCUAGUAAGAGCUCAAUGUUUUCAUCCUCUGUUACAAGAGGCCUUAGUCCUUCUCGAACAAGACCAUCUACUCCUCCUUCUAGAGGAGUUAGUCCAUCUAAGACAAGGUCGUCCAAUAGUUGUAGUCAAUCAAGCAGUUCAACUUCUGUGCUUAGUUUCGUUGCGGAUUUUAAGGGGAAAAAGGGUGCAAUUUACAUUGAAGAUGCUCAUCAUCUGCGCUUACUUUACAAUAGAUAUUUACAAUGGCGAUUUGCUAAUGCCAGGGCUGAGACUGUACUUUAUAUUCAGAAAGUAACUGCAGAGAGAACACUUUUGAAUGUAUGGAACACUACGCUGAGCUUGUGGGAUUCAGUAAUCAGGAAAAGAAUCAUUCUCCAGCAGUUGAACCUUGAGCUUAAGCUGAACUCAAUAUUGAAUGAUCAAAUGGCCUACCUUGACGACUGGGCUGUACUUGAAAGCGAUCAUAUUGCUGCUUUCUCAGGGGCUAUGGAAGAUUUGGAGGCAAGCACACUCCGUCUUCCAGUGACUGGAGGGGCAAGGGCAGAUAUUGAUUCUCUGAAGGUAGCUAUCUGCUCAGCUGUUGAUGUGAUGCAGGCAAUGGCAUCCUCCAUCUGCUCUUUGCUCUCAAGGGUGGAGGGCGUGAACAGUUUGGUUUCGGAACUUGCUGUUGUAGCAGCACAGGAGAAAGUCAUGCUUGACGAGUGUGAAGCUCUAUUGGCUUCAGCAGCAGCUAUGCAGGUAGAGGAAUACAGCCUUAGAACCCAUCUCAUACAAAUGAAACAAGACUUGGGAAGCGUGAGCGGCCAAUUUUGGCAACCAAGACAGCUUCUUGACCCUGACUAGUUUCUAAGGCAAUAAUAAUAUCAUAAGUAAGCUUUGUCAAUUCUGAAGGGUUAAAAUACCUGGGCAGAGAGAGAUAAAUGUCUCUCCUCGGUUCUCUCUGUGAAUGUAAAUUGAUUUUUUAGCCUUGGAAUGUCAUCUUGUUCCACUCCAUUUCCCCCCUUCUUUUCUGAGCAAAGAGCCAUUGGCUCCGUGCUUUCCCACUGUAAUUUUUUUGUAUUACGCAGAUGAAAAGAAAAUGCAAAGGAAGCAAAGGAUUUGAAUUCCAUGUAGAAGCAAAAGUUUCACAGGAAAUGAAAUAGGAAAAUACUCGUAA